AUGAAGGCUGUCCUCGUGCUCGUGGCGGCGGCGGCGGUGGCGGCGGCGGAGAGCUACUACGGCUACGGCGGCGGCGGUGGCGGUGGUGGUCUUGGCGGCGGCUUCGGCGGCGGCGGCUUCGGCGGCGGCGGCUUCGGCGGCGGCGGCGGCGGCUAUGGAGGCGUUGGUGGAGGUGGCGGCUUUGGCGGUGGCGGCUUUGGCGGCGUUGGUGGCGGCGGCGGCUUUGGCGGCGGCGGCGGCUACGGGUCGAAGGUGGACCUGAGCACCGCCUACAGCGACUACCACUUCUCCUGGCGCCACGACGGGGGCCGGAAGUACGACUGGUAUCAAGCUAACGACUACUGCAAAUAUCUCGGGCCCGGGUGGCAGGGGGUUAGCAUUGAGACCAAGCACGAGGACGCCAUCAUCUCCAAGGUCAUCUACCAAGACCAAGUGAAGUACAUCUGGACCAGCGGCUUCAGGCAAGGCUAUGACUUCCAAUGGGGUUCCGGCAGUCCCUUCUACGGCCUCAACUGGUCCCACACUGGAGCACAAGGCAUCCCCCAGCCGGACAACAACGAGGAUGGGAAGGAGUUCUGUCUGUCCGUCCUCAACAACUUCUACAAGGACGGGAUUAGGUGGCAUGAUGUCGCCUGUCACCACGAGAAGCCCAUCAUCUGUGAACGCCCCAGGGGAUACGGGGGUGGAGUUGGCGGCAUUGGGGGUGGCGUUGGCGGAGGACACGGUGGCGGCAUUGGUGGUGGCGUUGGUACCAGCUACGGCGUCCCUUCGUAUGGGUAUGGGAAACCUGACUUCAAUACGUUAACUUGCAUUUCCUCUCUCUUCCUUUCGACGAUGAAGGCCGUGCUGAUCCUCGCGUUAGCGGCCGUGGCGUCGGGCGGCGGCCGGUAUGGCACUGGCCGCAGAGUGAUCAUUUCCAACGGCAGCGGCAUCGGCGGCGGUGGCUUCGGCGGCGGCUUCGGCGGCGGCAUCGGUGGCGGUGGUUUUGGUGGCGUCAUCGGCGGCGGCGGUUUUGGUGGCGGCCGUGGCGGCGGUUUCGGCGGCGGCAUCGGCGGCGGUGGUUUUGGUGGCGGCCGUGGUGGUGGCUUCGGCGGCGGCAUCGGCGGCGGUGGUUUUGGUGGCGUCAUCGGCGGCGGCGGGUUCGGCGGGUUCGGCGGCCUGGUAGAUCUGUCCUACGGCUACAGCGACUACCACUUCUCCUGGAGGCACGGCUUACCGAAGACUGACUGGCACCACGCGAACCUCUACUGCAGCAAGCUGGGAUACGGCUGGAAGGGCGUGAGCAUCGAGACCAAGGGCGAGGACGCCGUCAUCUCCAACAUCAUCUACAAGGACCGCCUUGAGUACAUCUGGACCGGGGGUUACAGAAAGGGAUACGGCUUCAUUUGGCCGUCUGGUAACCGCUUCCUCGACCUCAAUUGGUCCCACACCGGCAAAUUUGGGCGUCCUCAGCCCGACAACCGCGAAGGCAAUGAAUUCUGCCAUGCCGUCCUCAACAACGUCUACAAUGACGGCAUCAGGUGGCACGACGUCGCCUGCCACCACAAGAAGCCCAUCAUCUGCGAGCGGCCCAAGCACUAUGGUCAUGGCGGCGGCAUCGGCGGCAUCGGCGGCAUUGGCGGCAUCGGCGGAGGCGGCUUCGGCGGCGGUGGCAUUGGCGGCAUCGGCGGAGGCGGCUUCGGCGGCGGUGGCAUUGGCGGCAUCGGCGGAGGCGGCUUCGGCGGCCGCCACCACGGCUACGGUCAUGGCCGCUACGGUUAUGGCUACUAAGAACAAAACAGCGAAUGUUUUGUGUUGGAUAAGUCACCGGUGGUAGACUGUUCUAAGCCUCCCCGUCUGCCUCUCUCUCACUCACCCUCGUCUCCGUCUCUUCCCUCUUCGUCCUCUUCAACGAGUCAUUCUCUUAAUCUUUCCUCUGUUGUGUGAGUGAAUAAAUUAAUUAUUGGUUUA